AUGAAGACGCUGCCGCAGGGCGACUACGCGACGACGGUCAUUGACGCAGUGUCUUGCGAAUUUCACUUGUCGAAUGUGGCGACGACCAACGACGACGAUGCGUGGUGGAGCCGGCCCGCGACGCUUCUUGGUGGUCGCAUGCGCGCUUCGAUGGCGAAGGGCUUGAUGCGCGGUGCGAUGCGCAGCAGUGGAGAAACGACACCCGCGGCGCCCAUGUGCCCGACAGCAGCGUGGACGUUGCAGCGAUCCGACGGCAGCUUUCUCAAUGUGACGGCGCCGGCCAAGACGCUCACGGUCGCGCUCGAUGUGAACGUGACCAUGUUUGGUCACUUGAGCGUCGUCUCGAUCGACUCGAUGGCGGACGCUUAG